GCCGCCGCCAUGAGAGGUAGCGCCGUUCCCGGCAUGCACCGCUGCCCGCCAGGGGGGCGGGUCGGUGCGGGAGGUGCCCUGGCGGGAGCCCGGCGUCAAGGGCCUGCUGCUGUCCGCGGCCUGGCAAAGGCAAAGGCGCCAGGCCCGCCCUGGCCCCUGUUCCGCCACCUCUAGGGCCCCACGUCCUCUGGCGGGCGCCAUUUCUGCCUCUAGGUGCGCGAACGGGCUUCAGCGAAGCCCUUCUCCCUCUCCAGAACACGCCGCGGCGGCAGCAGUCGCCUCCCUCAUCCCCUUCGCCCCUCAGGCUCCCCUCGCUGAAGGGUGGACGCCCCUGGCACCGGUCCUGCCACCCUGAACACCGAGUCUGGCCGAACUGCAAAGGUCCAUGGAAUCGCUCCUGGAGAAAAGAAAGAAGCAGAAUGGCGAUGCUGCACAGAUGCUGCAUUUGAUGUAGCCAUAGCUCUGUAACAUGGGUACCUGCUGUAAGAGCCUCUUCUCUGAUGCUCUUGGACACUCGGAAAGAAAAGAAGGUUUCAAGGUUUCCUCCGGUCCUUAUAAAUACCAUUCAAAUGUAGUCUUUAACUCAGAAAAAAAGGGAUUUAAUUCUCAAUCAAAGAGAUUUCAGUAUAACCGGAAUGAAACCCCAGGCCCAGGAGUCUAUAAUGUCACUCAUCAGUCUGCAGAGAGCAACAGCACCUCGUUGUCUCAGAAAGGAACUGGAUACUUUCCUUCCCUGGUUGCACGCAUUGCAUGCAGCAAAAUCGCCAACUAUCCAGCUGCAAAUGCCUAUAGGAUCCCGUCAUGUUUUCAAUCCAAGCAAGACUUCAGCAUGGGAAACUCUAGCAUGUUUCAACAACCCAUUGCUAGGAAGAUUGAGAAAGUUCCCACGCCAGCACCUGGUCAAUACCACGUAAAGUCAAUUCAAAGGUAUUCACAAGCCCUUUUCCUAAAACAGACCUCUGUGGAUUUCUGCAAGCAAAGCAACAAUGUUUCUGCCCAUGCCCUGUUUGUGUCCAAAACCACAAGAGGAUUAAAUGUGGAAAAAAUUGGAAAAUGGCCUUCUCCACAUAAUGCCACUGUUGUGGCCUUGUUCGAUCGCUACAAAAUCAAUGAUUCCUCCAUCAAGGUGUCUCCCAAGAGUGUAACAUCUUGCUUCAAAUCAAGGGCCUCCCAUCUAACAAAGAUGGGCAGAUUCAUUACAGAGCCUGCGACCUAUCAGCCACAUAAACCUACGAAGGAAGCAAAGAAAACUCCUUUCAGGCAGAAAUUCUGCUUGACUCUCUCUGCUCCAGCCAUCCCACCCUCUAAAGACCCUCCUCUGCCUGGGCCUGGGCAGUAUGACCUCGUGGACUGCAAAGGGUCUCCAAAGCGGGACUGCUCGAGUGCUGCGUUUGUGUCAAAUACAGGGCGAUGGACAGGCAGAGGAUCACAGGAAGGUUUCCCUGGGCCAGGUGCUUAUUCACCCAGAACACUCGAGAAGGAUUCCUUCAUCUACAGUUACGAUAGCAAGUGGGUCCCAGUGCUGUGAGCAGGAGAACCCAGACACCAGAGCGAAGUUCCACGGACGAGACGUCUUUCAAACUCUGCAAAGCACACGCUGCCUCGCAGUAAGUGGUCCUGUCUGCAGCCUGUCAGGGUUGGCCGCCUGAUCGUUCAGAGCUCGUAGCGGGAUUCAGAACACACUGUAUAUUGGAAGAUGAUCAUUAGCUGAAGUUGACUUGAGAGCUUCCGGUUUAACUGAUGGUGAAUAAUUAAUACAAUUAAUGAAAGUUGCAAAAUA